AAAUUUAAUGAUAGACGUUUUUGCGAACCAUUAUUUUAAUUUUAAAAAUUGCUGUGUAUAGAUGCUUGUAAAACUCAUAUUAUGUGCGAUACGGAUAUUAUUGAAAAAUUGGAUUUUUCCUCUGCAAAAGUCCAAACGCAACAUCGGCAAAUAUCAAACAUAUUUUUGACUUUACUUUUGAGCGCUUUAUCAUGUUUCCUUUUUACGGCCCAAGCGAUUAUUUUCUCCUUUUUUCGAAAAACUGUAGACAUUUAUUUAAAAUUUAAAUACGAACAAAACUAUGGAGGUUUAGUUGCAAAUGAAGACUUACCAUUCUUGGUAACUGAUAAAUCGCAAUGCUGUAUUACCGUUAUUACAUUUUCUCGGACUAAUAAGGAGGUUAAUAUGUUAGAGAGAAUUAAAGAGAUUUUACAGAAAAAGAUUUUUGAUCAUCCAGAUCAUUACCCUAAACUAACAAGUACAGUUCAUCAAUUUCUAGGCUAUUUUUAUACGAUUAAGAAUGAAUGUAAUGUAAAUGAUGUAGUAAAAGCAAUAAAUAUUGAAAAUAACGAAGAUUUUACCGAGAAUUAUUUAAAAAGCUAUGCAGGCAAAGUAAUGGCUAAGGACUUUGCAAAAAAUGGAUCUCUCCUUUGGGAUAUACAUGUGGUUCUUUACCCCAUUAAAUUCAAAUCAAAUGAAGGAUACUGCUACCCAGUAAUUUCAAGAUUUCAUCACUCAAUUGCUGACGGAACCUCAUUAGUAUCUUUGUUCAUUCAACUAUAUGCAGAGAAUUCAAAUGAAAACUAUAAUAAAGAAAUUUUUCAGAAAUUGCUUGGCAAUCAGACUAAUAAAAAAAUGAGUAAAAGCUUCUUGGACUUAAUAGCAAGAUUUUUUAAGUUAGCCACACUCUAUUUGGAAAUUUUAUUUAUAUCGUUCGGAAGAAUUAUCGAAACCAACCAACUAAAGCCAAAUGAUAUAAAUGCUCUACAUGGAACUAACUAUACUGGUGAAAAAUUGUGUGCCUGGACUAGUGAACGCAAAACAGAAUGUAUACCGCUGGUGAAAAAUAUUAAAAAUAAAACAAAAACCAAAUUCAGUUGUGUAGUUUGUACAGCUAUUGCAGCAAGCCUGUCACAUUAUUUUAAGAGGAAUAACUUUCCGAUUCCGGAAUAUAUAUCUGGAGCAAUAGCGGUUUUACUGGAUUAUCCAGAUGUAGAUUUAUCCAAGCCCAUAGAACUCAGAAAUAAAACUGGAGGAAACGCAUUUGAGUUACCUAUGAUCUAUGGAUCUACGACUUUAGUGGAAGCUUUAAAAAAUGUUUCAAAUGCAUGGAAUAAGCAAAUGCGACAGGCAGAUGGACUGCUCGUGGCAUUUUUAAUGCGAAACAUGCUUCAAAUGCCAAUACAAAUUCUUAAAAUACUUUUCGGAUGGACUUCGCAUACCUAUGUCCUAACCAAUGUACCUGGUAGUACGGUUUUAAAAACGAAAGAUGGAUAUUUUGAAAAAGUCAUUCCUUUUGCACCCAUUGCACAAGGAAUCGGUAUUUCUAUUGCAAUAAUUAGUUAUGACGAGAAAUUUCAAAUCGGAAUACUGAUUGAGAAGUCCCUGGUUAAUUCUCAAGAAGAAGUUCAAAAGAUUGCUGAUGAUAUACUUCUUUACAUAAAAUUGUUAGACAAACAAGUACAAAAGUUGGCUUACUUAGUAGUCUUAGUUGGUAUGAAUAUUUUUAUUUUAAGACGUCGUAUAGUGAUGAUGUUCGUGGAAAAAAUGAUGAUAAGUGAUAAGGAUAUUAAGGAAAAACUGGAUUUCUCCACUGUAAGAAUCCAAAGACAACACUGGCAAAUAUCAAACGUAUGUUGUAUAAUACUACUAAAUGCAAUAUCAUUUAUCGGUUUUAUGGGCGUGGCAAUUAUUUUUCUUAUUUUUCGAAAAAUUAUAGACAUUUAUUUAAAAUUUAAAUAUAAAAAGGAUUAUGAAGGUUUAGUUGCAAGUGAAGAUUUAGCAUUCCUGGUACCUGAUAAGCCACAAUGCUGUAUUGGCAUUACCAUAUAUUUUAAAAGUAUUGAGGAGCUAAAUAUGUUUCAGAAAAUUAAAGAGAUUUUACAAGAAAAGGUUUUUAAUCAUCCAGAUCAUUAUCCUAAACUAAUAUGUAAAGUUCAUCAGUUUUUCGGUUAUUUUUAUAAAAUAAAGGAUCGACGAUGCACUGCAGAUGACGUUGUUAGGUCAAUAACUAUUGAAAAUAGUCAAGAUCUUACAGAGGAUUACUUGAAAUCCUAUGCAGGCGAAAUAAUUACUAAAAAGUUUGAAAAAACUGAAUCCCUACUUUGGGAUGUGCACGUGGCUCCUUGUCCUAUGAAACACAUACUACAUGAAGGGCUCGUCUACCCAGUAAUUUUUAGAUUUAAUCACUCAAUUGCUGACGGAACAUCCUUAAUUUCAUUGUUGAUUCAACUAUUUGGAGAUAAGUCAACCACAAACUAUAGCAAAAAAUUAUUUAAGAAAACCCUGAAUACUCAAACUUAUGGAAAACAGCAUAAAAGUUUCAUGGACUUGAUAAUCAUUUAUAUUACAAAAACUAUUAAAAUGCUUUUAUUUUAUAUGGAAGUAAUAUUUCUGUCUUUUGGAAGAAAUAUUAUGAUGAACCAAGUAAAACCACAUGAUAUCAAUGCUCUACAUAGAACAAAUUACAGUAAUGAACAAUUUUGUGCUUGGGCUAGUGAAGAAAAAGUAGAAUGUAUACCGUUGGUGAAAAAUAUUAAAAAUAGACAAAAUACGAACUUUAACUCGGUAAUUUCUACAGCUGUUGCUGCUAGCUUAUCACAUUAUUUUAAAAGGAAUAAUUUUCCAAUUCCAGAAUAUAUGUCUGGAGCAAUAGCGGUUUUGCCGGAAUAUCCAGAUGUAGAUAUAUUCAAGCCUGCGAAACUUAGAAAUAAAGCUGGAGGAGUGGUUUUUGAGUUGCCUAUGAUCUAUGGAUCUACAACUUUAGCGGAAACUUUAAAAAAUGUUUCAGAUGAAUGGAAUAGGCAAAUGCGACAAGCAGAUACCUUGCUUGUGUCCUUCUUAAUGCGAAAUAUGUUUACGAUGCCAAUCCAGAUUUUGCGAAUGCUAUUUGGCUGGACUUCUCAGACUUAUAUUCUAAGCAAUAUACCUGGUAGUGGGAUUAUAAAGAGAACAAAUGAAUGGUUUUGUGAUAAGGUCAUCCUUGUGGCACCCAUCGGACUUGGAAUCGGAAUUUCUUUUGCUAUACUAAGCUAUGACCAAAAAUUUCAAAUUGCAGUGAUGAUCGACAAAUCUUUAAUUAAUUCUCAAGAAGAAACUCAGAAGAUUGCGGACGACGUUUUGCUUUAUAUAAAACUGUUAGACAAGGAAUUACAAACCUAUAUAAACCUAGAAGCUGUGUAUCGAGAAUUUAUCAAGGAUUUUUCCAUUCGGGAAACUGGGUCUGUGGAUAAUAAAAAGCACGAAAUGGAUAAUCUAGUGGUGAAUGAAGCUUCAGAAGUAGCUAUUAUACUCUACUAUUUAUAUCAACCGUGUCUGUCAAUGUUUCUAUCAGUUAUUAUUGUUGCUUUUACACCCCUUUUGUGGUUGUUCUUCCUGUUGAUAUGUUUCGCCUUUUGGACCUACAGAAAAAUUGUGGAUAUAAUAUUACGGGUGAAACUUGGAGCUAAAUAUGGUGGCCUUUUAAAUUACAGCGAUGGCUUUUCGGUAUAUGAAUCUAACUAUAAUUUUCACAUUUCUUGCAUUGGGAUUCACAAUAGUGAAAAAGAAGUUAAUCUGGUAGAAGUAUAUAAGCAACGUUUUAAAGCAGAGGUGGUUGAUAAUGCAGACGUUUAUUCAAAAUUAACCGGUACUAUGCAUAAUUAUUUAGGUUACUGCUACUGGCUAAAAAAUACCAUAGAUCUGGAGAAAUACAUACAAUUACUGCCAGUACCCAAGAAUGUAACACUUACGGAAGAUUUGGUAAAAACUAUGACUUCAGACUUGCACAGUACACAAUUUCCGCUAAAUAAUUCUGCCACAUUUAGUAUACAUGUUAUAGAUAGGCCUAUUGUAUUAGACGAGGAAGGAAAAACUCAAUACCGUUACUUUACUAUAACAAGGAUACAUCACGUGGUUGGCGAUGGUACAGCAAUAAACGCACUCUUUACAAAACUAUUUGAUAAAACAAUGAACAAAACUUAUAUUGAGGAAAUUUUUGAAAAAAAAGUAUCCAGUGGUGCAAUGCCAGAAGAAGAUAUGGAAUGGAGAUCAUAUCUAAUAAAGAAAUUGAAAGAAAUUUUAUCGGGUAUAAACAUGAGUUUUACCCUAAUAUUCCUAAUGUUUCAAAAACGUCUUGAAAUGAUUGACUUAAGAAAAAAGGACCAAAAUGCCUUACAUGGUCCAGAACUUUCCGGAGAAAAGGUUAUCGUAUGGCAAUGGGAAAACAGUGAAAAGUAUAUUCCUAUGGUAAAAAGAAUUAAAAAAAGAUUCAGUGGUGUCAGUUUUCCCAAUGUUUGCAUCGCAGCACUGGCUGGAAGCCUUGGAAGUUAUUUCAAAAAGAAUGGUUUGGAAGUCCCGGAUUACAUAUCUAGUUUUUUCACAAUUGUAUUAAACUUAAAAAAAUAUGAUUUAAGUAAGCCGCUGGACCUUAUAAAUCAAAGCAUAGCAGUUUUGCUUGAAAUACCUUUGAAAAAUUCUGAAAAUGGCAUAGAAACCUUAAAUAAAGUUAAGGAAAAUUUGAAUAAUAUUAGUUAUUUUGAGGCACUGACUAAUAACAUGUUUAUUAAAUAUAUUUUUACGCUAUUUCCGAUACCGAUAAGAGCUCAGAUGCAUGGUUCAGACUACACAGCCAUAAUAAGUGUGGUGCCUGGGGUGAAGAGGGUCGAAAUAUCAGAUGGCUGUUAUUGUGAGAAUAUUAUUGCAUGUCCACCUAAUUUAAAAAAAAUUGGUGUUUCAAUCUGUGUGACGACCUACGACAACCGACUAACUGUCUGCUUACAAGUAGACAAAGCGUUAUUAUCCUCUCAAGAAAAAGCCCAAGAAAUCGUCGAUGACUUCUUUAAAAACUUAGAAACCUUAGAUGCAGAGACUACCCAUAUAAAAUAACAUUAAUAAAUAAAAUAUUUAUUAAUACUGUAAACUUAUAAGAUAAAAAAUAAAAACAUAA